CUCUUCCACCCCACCCCGUGGCCAUGGGAGAGGAGCAGAGCACCAGACUCGCCUUCUUGAGAGAGCCGGUCCAGCUCCCAAAUAAUCAAGCAGAUCCACUCGUCGUCCUCCUCCGCUGGGCCGCAUUGGGGCGCAGAGCCGAGGCCUCCGGUCGAUCUGUCCCGCCCCCGCGCGCGGAGCUCUGAUCUUCCAUCUUGUUGGGAAUUGGCAAGCGGGGCCAAGCAAGGCAGGAAGUAGGCUGGUGGGGGAGUGAGAAGGGGAAGCGGAGAAACAAGGCCACACAAUGACUAUAGUAGAUUUCAUAGAGCUGAGUGAUGAUAAUAUUAUUGACUUGAGCAGCGAUGAGGAGACUGUUCAGAAGGAUCAAAUUGCAACUCAAGACCGGGUGACGUUGCUUGAUAGGCAGGGUAUGUUUCUCCUAGCUGGUGAAGGUAGCCAAGAUGUGCCUGCUGUGUUUGUUGUAGCUAGUGAAGGAAGUCAAGAGGCUGCUGAGUGCGGACAUGCUUUUGAAGCCACCGCAUCGUCCAUGGUUACGGAGAAAGCACCUUUUGUUGCAGCUAAUGAAGGGAGGCAAGAUGCUGCUGAGUCUGGAAAUGCUUUGGAAGCUACCCCAUUGUCCUUCGUCACCAAAAAAGCACCUCUUGAUACGGCUAAGUCACCGAACUGUCAUCGCUCUCCAACAUCAGCGUCAUUCCCCGGCCCAACUUCCACCACUCCAAAAGCUCUCACUUCUGAAGGUGGGGAUGCAAAGUCAGUGAGAGUGAAGAGGAAAUAUCGUAAGAAGAACUACCAUACCGGCACUGCUAGGAAAAGUCAUAGGCUUAUACAGAUAGGCACCAGUCGUGUGGAAGAGCUGGCAGCGGAUCAGAAGAGGUCUCGCACGAUCGAGCCAGCAGAAGAAUCAGCUGCCUCUACCGACAAGGCAGGACCUGCGAAACUCUCUCUACCGACCCCGCAGACUAGCUGUAGUUGACUGAAUAUGAUACCUGAUUCUACAUGGACCUGUCUAACUUGUGUUGUUGUAGUUCCUCUCAUGCGUAGUGUUUAUGGAACAACUCUUGUAGCAUCUGUAGUGGGAUCUGAGCUCACGUUGCCCCAGCUAUCUCAGAAUUGUAUUUCCAUUGUA